AUGAGCCGGGGGAGGUGGGGGCUCCGCGCCGCGCAGCGCCCGCCGCCGGCUAUAAAAGCCUCCGGGCCCGCGGCUGGCAGCGCCAGGCGAGCGGCCGCGCACCGGCGGAGGAUGGAGGGCGCCUGCCCCCGCCCGCUCCCGGCGGCGCUGCCCCCGCAGGGCUGCUCGCCCCUCUCCUCCUCCCGGCGCGGGGGGCGGCCCGGUCCUGCGCUGACGGCCCUGCCCUCGGCCCGCAGCCCUGCACCCUUCUGGAGGCCGUGGGUGCCCGCGCCGGGUGAGGCGGCCGGGAGGAGCGGCCCCGGCCCCGCCGCGCCUCGCAGCCCCGGCGGGCUGGCGGAAGCCUCCCGAAAGCUGGCGCAGUACACGCACCCCGUCAGGCUAUUUUGGCCCAAAUCAAGGUGCUAUGAUUACUUGUACCAGGAAGCUGAAGCACUUCUCAAAAACUUCCCAGUUCAGGCUACAAUAUCCUUUUAUGAAGACUCGGAUAGUGAAGAUGAUGAAGAUGAACUGGAACAAGAUUCAAGAACAGAAUCAAGUUGCUGA